AUGAGUCCCGAAGCUCAAUACAAGUAUCUGCUCGGCCUGAAGAGUAUACGCGAUGGCGCGCGCGUCGUUUACGAAUCGGCACAGAAGGGCGAGCUCACCAACUUCGAAUUCCACGCCCACAAACUCGAUGGCGUUGCCGAGUUUGUUGCUUCUCUGAUUAUGCAAUCUUUCGCGCCAGAGCUAUUCACACUCAUUCCCCCUCACGGUAGAUGGCAGCACUUUGAGGUCAAACAGGUCCCGAGAGUCGACUCCAUCCUGAAAGAAUGGAGGGCUGCAGGAGUGGAGGAGCUUGAAUGCUCGCGACGACUGGUCGAUCUCUUCCUAGUCUCUGUCCUACUAGACGCAGGAGCCGGCGAUGUGUGGAGGUACAAGGAAGAAAGCACCGGACUUUCUCUCGAGCGCAGCGAAGGUAUCGCCGUAGCGAGCUUGUAUGCUUUUACGGAUGGCUUGUUUUGCUCCGAGGGAAUUGGUUUGAUGCUGACACAUACUGAUAGCAACGGGGCUGAAAUCACUCACAACCGAGAAACUCAGCAAGGCUAUGCAAUCAUCCUCGGAGAAUCUCCUCCUUGGAGUCCAAGCACGAGCAGGGCUGUUACAGAGACUGAGCGACUCGCUAUUAUCGCUUCCCGACAGUCAGUGGACAAAACCAUUGACGUGAACAUCCUCUGGGACAGCCUCCAGCAACUACUAAUUCCCACCUGGCCAGCCGGACGAACCGUCUUCCAUGGCCAGCCGCUUGGUGAUGCCUGGCCAUUACAGCUGCUGAGCGACGGCAGCGGGAUCCAGCCAUUCCACAAACUCACGCAAUGGCUCACAUAUUCGCUGACCGUGAUCUUCGAGCGAGUACUGGGCAUCGAAUGGACGAACAAGGAAGACCUCACCGGCCUACCGGAAUACCGGAACGGAGGACUAUACGUAGACAUGGGGGUGCUAACCCUCAAGCCGGACGUUCUGGCGCGAGGCUUGGAGGCUUCCACGACGGGCCUGCCACAGUUCGACGCAACGGACGACGUGAUCGUAGAGUGGCGUGCGAUGACUGUUGCUCUCCUCGACACCACGCUGGGAUUAGUGAAUGAGAAACUCGCCGCGCAAACCGAGGGGGCCGCGGCGGCGCUGAGUCUGCCACAGCUUCUAGAGGCGGGGACAUGGAAGGCAGGCCGGGAGCUCGCUGCCAGACAUCGGCCGGCGACAAAGAGCAGCCCGAUCUUGAUCCUGAGCGAUGGGACUCUUUUUUGA